AUGUCCGGGUCACAUCGCCCCAAUAUCCUGUCUGGGGAAAUGGAAGUACUCCCGACUACCGCAACCUUUUUCCGCCGGGUUUCUCGCGUCAACACUCGUAUACCUCCUAUCGCCAGGAAAGCCGCCGUUCCUUGCAAGGUAGCAAAUCUGUCCCAUGGCAAAUUGCAACAAGAAACUGCGUCUCCGUCGCCCGAUCUGCGCCGUUGCGUCGGCCACAACGCUGUCUUUCGCAAAUCAAUGGAAGCAGCCCAAGCAGAACGCAGACGCCACAUGCACUAUCUGAGUUACUACGACGACGACGGACCCAACUACGGAGCCAACGACAGGACCGAGAUUGACAUUUCUGCCAUCCGGGAACAAGUCACCAAGACAGUCAAGGCGAUGAUUCGCCGUCGCUCCAUCACAAGCACAUCUCAAGCCCUUGAAUCAGAAAAGUCCAAUGCAUUGGUGCGUGUAUCAGCACGGGAGUCUCUCGAGAACGAUACCCUCCAACACGCAACGGAGAAGAAGAACAAAUUCGCUGCCAAGAGUCGAAAAUAUGCGUCCAUGCUUGUGCCUGGGCGAAGGACGUUGGCACAUUCAUCUCCCAUGUUGCAUGCGAAUGCCGUCUUUUGA